GCAAAUAAGUCACAAGGAAGAUUUCUCUGUAUAAAAAUUUUUAUCCGUCCUUCACUUAUGAAAAGUGCACGACAUUGUUAAUUUUUACAUCUAGGACUUCGUAUUACAGUACAGAUCCGCGUUAGCGCUAAUAGCUCCUUAGCACAGUUUCCAUAUUACUGAAAUGAAACGAAUCAUUUGCCCGAUGUUGAUAUUUGUUGCAUUACUUGCAACUUGGGUGAAAGGAGCCAGGGUUGAUGUUGAGUUGCGUAAUCGAUCGGGAGGAGUCACAUAUGAAAGAGUCGACACUUCUGAUUACAAUACUUGGAAAUUUCCUGCUGAUUAUAAUAUUAACCACACGCUAUUUAUAUUUAUCAAAAAUGUGUCGAUGUAUGGAUGGAUAUCAAAGAGAAACUCCAUGGGCUGCAGAGGCAGGUUGUAUUUGCCAGGAAUAGCAGGGACAUGUCGAAACACCGAAAUAAAAUGUCUGUUCUAUCAACCUGUCGGAUGCAUUUUGAAAAACACCAGCCAGGCAUAUUCACAGGACCGCAUAUAG